UCUCUCUUAUAUCUCUUGUAGCAUACCCACUCUAUAUAAACAUGCGGCUAUAAUUUGCACGAUUCACAGUGGGAAAAUGGUAUUAACCUUUAGCUUGAUUAGUUCUGUAUUAGUAAUAGUUGUAGGAUCAGUAGAAUAUAAUUCUAUAAAUAAAGGCUACACAUUCAAUUCAACAUGCCAAAAUUCAUUUGAAUGCAGGGGAAAGCUAAUUUGCUUAGAGUUGACCUGCCGAUGCAGUGUAGAACUUAUCUGGAAUGGAACCAAUUGUAUCAUGAGACAAAUGGCCGGUAUGCAGUGUACUUCUCAGAUUGAAUGCCAAUAUGACCUACAUUGUGUGGAAGGAACGUGUUCGUGUCAUGAAACACAUUACAUAAAGGACAAAAAAUGCAUUUUAAGAAAACAGGCAAACGAGCUGUGUAAUACUUCAGAAGAAUGUCAGUCUUCAUUAUUAUGCCAUCGUCAAAUAUGUCAGUGUAUAUCUUCGGAUUAUUGGAAUGGCACAACAUGUAAACUGAGUAAGAUCCAGCUCUGAAUUAAUCUAAGAAUUGUUGUAACAUUCUAUCCAUAUUUAUUUCUUAAGGUUUUAACAGUGAGUCUUGAGAAUAUUUUACUCAAGGGCUAAAUAAUUUC